AUGUCCCGCGUUCCGGCUGCCAAGCGAAGAAGAUUGUCGCCGCCCGAGGAUGGAGAGCGCGGUAACGGAACGACGAUUGAUCACAAGGCGACGUUCUUGAAGAAUGCGGCGAAAUGGGAUUUGGAGCAGGACUACGAGACGCGGCCGCGCAAAUUGAAGAAGCAGAAGGAAAACAAGAAAUUGCCUGUCAGGGCAGCAGAAGGUUGGGUAGCGCCGCAGCCGACUGUGGAGGACAUCAAGGAGGAGGAAGACUCGGACAGCUUUCUAGGGUCGGGCAGCGAGGAUGAGGUAGAUGAGGGCACCGACGACGAAGAAGAAGUGGAGGAGAAAAAACCAAAGAUACCAGCGCGACAACAAAUACUAGAGGCGAAAGAGGAACUUGCUCGGAUAGCAAGUCUGAUCAACGAGGAUCCAGAGGAGCACAUUGGAGCAUUGAAGACAUUACAAGCGCUUGCCGACUCGGAAAACUUCACGGUCAAAAAACUGGCACUAGCGACGCAAGCCUCGAUUUUCAAGGACAUCAUCCCCGGAUACAGGAUACGCCCGCUGUCCGAGGAGAAGAUGCAGGAGAAGAUCUCAAAGGAAGUCAAGAAACUGCGGCAAUUCGAGCAGAAGCUCGUGUCAGGUUACGAGACUUAUGUUAAGCAUCUAGCGAAACUGGCAAAGGCGAGUGGAUCGGAUAAAGAGCAGGUUGCUAGUCUGGCUACUGUCGCUGUGAGUUGCGCGUGUAAUCUGCUGAAUUCAGUACCGCACUUCAACUUUCGCAGCGAGCUACUCAAGAUUCUGGUUGGCAAGCUGAGUACGAGGAAAGUCGAUGCAGACUUUGUGCGGUGUAGAGAGGCUAUGGAGAAGGUGUUUGAAAACGACGAGGAUGGCAAUGUCUCGUUAGAGGGUGUUACCAUGCUGACCAAGAUGAUGAAGAGUCGGAACUAUCACUUUGAUGAGAGUGUGCUGAACACUUUUCUGCAUCUUCGUUUGCUUUCCGAGUUCGCGCAGAAGGCCUCUUACCAUUCUGUAGACAAGGCGGAGGAGCCAAUGGUCAAUGGCAAGAAGCAGAAGCAGAAGCGCGAGUUUAGGACGAAGAGGCUGCGGAAGGAGUUGAAAGAGAAGAAGGCUAUUGAGAAAGAAUUCAAGGAGGCUGAUGCUGCUGUUAGCCACGAGGAGCGUGAUCGGAUGCAAGCCGAGACGCUCAAGAUGGUAUUCGUGGCAUACUUCCGAAUCCUCAAGGCCCGCUCAGCAAAGCUCAUGGGCGCCGUGCUCGAAGGCCUAGCACGAUACGCACACCUGAUCAACCAAGACUUCUUCGGCGACAUUCUCGAAGCACUACGCGACAUCAUCGCGACCGCUGAACUCACAGCUGCAGCCGCCGCCAUGGACGACGAUGACGACGCCUCCGAAGACGACGACAACGAAGCCCCCGAGCGCAACCUCACGCGCGAAUCCCUCCUCUGCGUCAUCACCGCCUUUGCCCUCCUCGAAGGCCAAGAAGGCGCAAAAACCGCCUCAGCCCUCAAACUCGACCUUAGCUACUUCAUCACUCACCUCUACCGCACCCUGCAUCCUGUCGCACUCAACCCAGACAUCGAGCUCAGCUCCAAAUCGCUUCAUUUGGCCGAUCCCACCGCCGGCACCUCGCACGCCGACACAGCAAAGAUCAACGUCCAAACCACCAUCGUCCUCUUAAUCCGCUCUCUCUCUUCCGUUUUACUGCCUGCAACUUCCAUCCGCGCCGUGCCCCCUCUGCGUGUCGCAGCCUUUGCAAAACAACUCAUGACCAUUUCCAUGCACCUUCCUGAGAAAUCCUGCGUCGCCAUGCUCGGCCUGCUGAACCGCAUUGCAAAGACGCACGGUAAGAAGGUGGCGCCGCUGUGGAAUACGGAGGAGAGACGUGGCGACGGCGUGUUUGAUCCCCUGAAGCCGGAGAUCGAGGGAAGUAACCCUUUUGCGGGGACGGUGUGGGAGGGGGAGAUUCUGAGGAGGCAUUUUGCGCCCGCUGUGAGGGAGGCGGUGAAGGGGGUUGAGAAGAAUGUUGUUGAGGCGACGAAGUGA